UCCCCAGUCCCAUCCAUUCCUGCCAAACUCUUCCUCCCCUCUCUCUGCAUUUUCCAACAGAACCAAACCCAUUAUUUUAAAGCUAUAAUCCUCCAAGCUCAGUACUGAUAUCCUGCCAUGGGACGCUCCCCUUGCUGUGAGAAAGCUCAUACCAACAAAGGAGCCUGGACCAAAGAGGAAGACCAACGCCUCAUCGAGUACAUCCGCAUCCAUGGCGAAGGCUGCUGGCGUUCCCUCCCUAAAGCUGCUGGAUUGCUUAGAUGUGGCAAAAGUUGCAGACUUAGAUGGAUAAACUACCUCAGGCCUGAUCUUAAAAGGGGGAAUUUCACUGAUGAAGAAGAUGAGCUUAUUAUUAAGUUUCACAGCUUGCUAGGCAACAAAUGGUCUCUAAUAGCUGGAAGAUUACCAGGAAGAACAGAUAAUGAGAUCAAGAACUACUGGAACACCCACAUCAAGCGUAAGUUAAUUAGCCGAGGCAUUGACCCACAAACUCAUGGCCCGCGCAACGAAAAAACCACCACCAUCAGCAAGACGACGGCCGCCACUGGCGCCGCUAAACCCAACGCCAACAGAGUCACACAGUUAAACUUCGAAAACACUUCUCCUCGAUCAAUAGCCGAAAUCAAUCAUUUGAAAGGCAAUAUCGAGAGCAAAUACUCCAGUAAUUUCUACUCCAGUUUCAACCCCACAAAAGCAGAGUCCACAGAAGAAAAUAACGGUACCAGCAGCGGGAUGACCACCGACGAAGAACACCACCGCCACCACCAACAAGAAAGGGAAAGCAGCUAUGAAAAUCAAGAAGUUAAUUUGGAUUUAACAAUAGCGCUAGCUCCAAGUCGAAGUGAGUUGAUUCCGAGAUCUUCUUCCAACUCAGCCGAGUCAAAGUUACAGCAGCAAACUUCAUACCAAUUGCUUGAUCAAACUCGGAGGGUCUGCACUUGUUGUCAAUUGGGUUCACAGAGGAGUGAAUUGUGUAGCAAAUGCCAGAAUUCAAAUGGGUUCUAUAGAUAUUACUAUUAGUCUAUUACUGAAAGAUUCGCAGCUAUAAAUUUCAAAUUUUUGGUUUUUUUGACGUUGGGGUUAGAUCGGUGCAAAUGAAUGCUGAGACACCAAUUUGGCAACUUUCACCUACCAGUUCGGUGUAAUCAAGGGGCAAUUAAUUAAAGAUUUGUGUUUUUUUUUUUUUUUUUUAACCUAAGAUUUGUAUGGUAUGUUAUAUGAAUCCAAAGUUACCCUCUGCAAAAAGAAUUAAAUGCUGUUUUUGGAUUCUUUCA